AUGACCACCACGUGGACCAAGUUGACAGUGUGCCACGGCUGCGUUAGCCGCCUGGACGAAGACCCCACCACUGUAAUUCGCCCGGCAGAGAGCUCCGGCAGCGCUCCGGAGGAAAUGCCCCGCGCUGACCACCCAGCUCGCGGUGGCCUACCGCGGCCGCCAAAGGCGCUCAGCCAGGCCGAGUCAGACCUAGAGAAGAUCCUCCGCCAGAAGGAACAGAAGUUGGGCGUCAGGGAGAUCUUGCUAAACGACCGCCAACCACGACUCUUCCACCGCCUUUGCGCCAUUCAAAGAGAGUGCCCCAUUGUUAAUGGUACUGCGGAAAAGGCCAUCGACGACAGAAUGCGGGAUAUCCGACGUACGCUCAGGGCUAGCGAGAUCAGGAUGGGGGUUGCUGAGGAUGUGGUGCAAUUCAUGAACCCGCUCUUCGGCUGGUAA